AUGGCGCCACUGACAGAUCAGAUUUAUUUUCCUCCCUUGGAGGACUGCCUCAAGGGCGAGACCAGCAUUCUGUAUGUGCCUCCCAUGCAGCUCCUUGCUGUUGUUUGCGCUGCCUUGUUGAUUGCCAUUGCUCACAUCUGUACCACCAGCUCCUGGAGGCUCGUCGCCAAAGCUUUAGCUGAGCCCUACGGCGAACGUCGAAACACAGAAACCCUGUCUGAAUUUCUAAAAGACGAACAUGUUCGAUCACUCCUUCAAGACCCAGCAACUGCAUUUAGCCCAUCCAACGAUGCGACGAAGAAGCAGUUCGAGACGACGACGGCUGCCAUCAACGUGACCCCGACGCCGAACGGCAAAUACGAUAUUGGCACCAUAAAGGGGGAUGCUACAUGGCUCAGCAAAGCUGGCAAUGUCAACCUCAUUGCAGCGCUUCGAAUUGUUGUUCUCGAAUUUCAGGCUCGACCUGCCGCUCAUCUCGCAGGGCCACUAUCGACACAGGAUGCCGUCAACCUUCAAGAAGCUGCUGGCGUCAGCAACUCUCAAUCAUCAAGCCUCGUCCCCAUAUCUGGCGCGACGAUGGAUGCCGACGCCAUAUGGACCGUGUUUGACAAGGAGGAAGCGAAGCGCCUACGCAUUUUCCAGACCUACCUCUCAGAGCGUCGUUAUCUGGCCAUGGCUGCGGACUUGACGCAUGGUGAGACUUUGCGCCAUCAGCCAAAAGCUAUCACUGGCACCGAAGAGGCUUCCGAAGCCAGUUACCCUGUCCUACCCGCCGACGAUCUGACCAAGCUGGCGGAGAAUCUCAUUUCGACCAACCUCAAGUGGAUCGCUCGGACAGUCGAUAGCCUUGGCAACGGUUUUGAACGGGAGACUGACGACAAGAGCAUCUUGAUCGACGAGAUCGAGGUUGACUGGCAACGAACCUUGCUGACCGAAAUUGCACACGCCUUGGCCACUAUUUUCCAGGCCCUGGACAGCCAUGGUGACCUUUUUGCGGCUCCCUCGUCUGUUCUUGAAUGGUUCACACUAAUGGAGUCUUGCGUCUUCUUCGAAGGCCUGUCUGCGGUCCACGAGAGCAUCGCCUCCGUUGUGCUCCCAAUUCACACAUUAGUCUGCGCGAUCUCAUUGAAGCUUUUGAAUCCCACAAGGGCAAUGGCUUUCCUGUCACAAGACAUUGACCUCCACCCCGAUGAGAACAACCCUUAUCUUGCCUCGUCAGACGUCUUGUCGAAGAUCCACGAUGCCAUCCUCACAGCUGCUGAUGCCGGCUGCGAAAGCCAGAGUCCUGUCAUGUUUGUUUGGACCGUCAUCACCCACCGCAUGACCAUCUCGCACACCGAGCGCUCGGAGAAAAGAGACACGAUCCAGAACCAGAGGUCGCAAGACGUCUUCGAAUCUAACGAUUCGAAUGAACCCCAGGCCUUGAUUCGACCCAGCACCGGACGCCGGCUGUCCGCGGGCAGCAUCGUCUCUCUCGAUGGCUUGCCGUUCGACGGAUUUCUUGCGGUUUCUGGUCUCAAGGAUGACACGCAAGCAAUUGAACAGCUGGCCAUCGCUGUCACUUCCCAGGGCAGAGUUUAUGAUAUCGUGACACAGAUGGUUUUUGCUGCCUCUGCAUCAAACGAAGGGAGCUUUGCCCCUGCGUUGGGCACUCGCAUCCGGACUACAUUCAUCGACUUUUUGAAGGCCACCUACCCUCUGGUCGGCUACCAGUCAGAUCCUGUCACAGCCUUGCUCUCGGUCCUUUCCGCCGGCAAGAGCUACUGGGAUUUAUCUCAGGACUUGGAUCCAGCGCAGGACAUCGCCGCUCAAACACUGCAGGACCCUCGAGCCCUGGAAUUCUACUUCGACCAAGCAUUCAGCCGCUAUCCUUACGAGUUCUUGCCAUUCCUAAACCUCUGCCGUUCUCUCACCAGUGCAUCUGCCACGGACGAAAGCGCCGAUGCAAUCAUCAACCUGCUUCGCAAGACUCCUUCCCUCACCUUUUCUUUACCCGAUGACUUCCAGGAGUACGAGUUGGCGCAGGAAGAGGAGAACACGAACACAUUCCGCCUAUUGGCUGAUAUCUCCCUGUUCAACACGUCGUCUUCCUGGAGCAGAAGAUCCCGCGAGGAUGAUGCGCUUAUAGUACCCGCUGGCACCUACGGACGUUUCAUCACCGACACUGGCCGUGUUGUGCUAAUGGAGUAUCAACAUUCAGCACUCGCUCUUCUAGGCAAACAAUUAGAAGUGCAUCUUGCACCAGAAACCUUCAACAGUGAGCUGGAGGGCUUACGAACGGAGGACGUUGCAGAAGUUGUUGCACUGCUCUCAACGCUUCUUCAAUCUGAAUCAAUCAAGAGCAAGAAGAAAGGACUUAAAGGCGAGCUUGUGCUCAAGGCUGGUCUUGAAAUCCUGGAAGAGACAAGCCAGCAUCUUUCGGGCAACAAGGAUAUCAUCUCCGUCGUUUGCAGCCUGCUCGACGUCUACACACAAGAUGACCAGGCGACUGCCGAUGGCCCUGGUAUCCUUGUCUUGACCUCGUUGUUCUCGAGCCUUGUCGACAGCGUAAUGCAUAGCGCCAUCCAGCGAAAGUCUGGCAACAAGAUUGUCGGCCGCCAGAAAGUCUCAAACAAUGUCUGGCUUGGAGUUGCGGACAAGGUGCUUGCAAGAGUCAGCCUGGCUAUUGCCCAAAGUGCCGUCGAUGUCUUCGAGAGCUCCUCUACCUGGCGGUUCCCAUCGGAAAUCCACCAGACAAUACUGGUUCAAGAUCUAAUCCCCAUCAUGGAGAGGCUUGUGACUGACACAUAUUCUAUCGGCGACCCCAGAAGCCCCGACUCAUUGUCCAUCUGCUUGCAGCCAGCAUCUGACUACAUCAUUAAGUCGUUCCUCUCUGGCUCCAAUGGCUCGUUGAGGUUUCAGGCUCUUCUUGGGACUUGGAUCACUGCACUGCGCAUCCCGGAUUCCACCCUAUACCUCAGCAAACUAUCUGCCAUUAGGAGGCAGGUAGUCUCGACGAUCGGGUUCGCAACCUCAUUGCUGCGUGUGGCAUCUCUCCUGGAGCGGCCCUCAACCGCGUUUGAAGAAUAUCUCUUCAAAGCAACCUCUGUUUUCGCUCGACUGAGCGCUGUCGAUGAAGAAUUCAGGCAACCCGUGAUGGCGCUCCUUGGGGCACUGGUCGUCAAUGCUUCAAAGGCUCACGACGACCCCCCAUCUCUGCUUGGAUAUCUCGGCCCGCUCCUGUCCAGAUCGUUCCUACAACUCCUGUCAGGCCUCGGGAAGCCAUUGCUUCAAUCCUCCGAAGUUUGUGCCACAUGGCACUUCUUUUCUAUCAUUGUACAGAACCGACAGCAGUGGAUGUCAAACUGCCUGCUCACAGGCAAGACGCCUCGCGACGCGCUGAGCAGGGGUGACAAUAAAACUACUGAAUCAGCGACCACCUCAGUUCUAAGCACUGCAUUCGCCAAGCUGAAGGCCAUCAACGACCUGGAGAGGGAGGAGGCGCUGAAGGUUCUCGACUUUGUUGCUUCAGCGCAAAACCACUGGCCGUGGACAAUCUUCACGAUGCAGAGAGACUCAUCCUACUUCGAGUCCCUUCGUCGGUUCGUGCGAGAGCUACAGACCUCGAGCACGACCGCGAGGACAGAUGCCACGAAGGCAGCGGUCGAGGCUAAGAUGGCAGCCUACAUCGCUGAGAUCUUUGCUAUGCAACUGUACCACCAGCGACAGAUGGGCGGUGCUGAGGAGCUGGCGAAAAGCCUUGUGGCGGAUCUCGACUAUUUUCUCCGUGAUGGUGUCGAGGUGGCAAGCUACAACAACUCACUGCACAACAACUUUACGAAGAAUUUUGCAUCCAAAUACCCUGGAGUAUCCCUUGACAGCCUCAAGCGAAUGGCAUUAGAACCUCGCGAGCUUGGAGAGUGGUACUACUAUGCCCUGGAUCGUGCAAACACGAUGCUGGACUUCGAUCCCGGCUGGCACGGUCGACGAGAUGAUGGAUUCAGAAAUGAAAUGGGCAUCGCGAACGCCAACUUGUCUCUGGUCGAUGCCCAAAUUUCUCUGUUCCACGCAUGGGAGUUCUUGCUCCUUGAACUGAGCAGUUCUUUGCCAGAGAACCCCAACGUCCAGAAGCAAAUGCUACAGGUAGCCCAGCAGUGUCUCAACGCCAACCAGUCAACUCAAGGUCCUGAGAAUAUCUUCGUGCGCAUCGUCGAGGAUCGAGCCAACUUGGCUUUGAUGUUGCUUCGUCGGCUCGUCGGAACAUCUCCUACAUCUCAAGACAUCAAGCAGAUCUUGGGCAGCCUGUUCAGUGUGAUCAACGCCGUCCAAGACCCCUUCGGACCCGAGUCCAUCGAAUACCACCGGACCAUCCUGAAGACAGUCUACGUCACACUGCGGCUUUACGGCUCCGCGGACAAGGAAAGCCUCAAAGCUUCAACGUCUGGUCCCAAAGGCUCGUCAGCAACUUUGACGCAGACUAUUCUCAACCUCCUUGAUACUGUUGUCGCGAAGGGGUUCAGAUCACUGAUCAGUCUUGUGCACGACUCGAAUGCGGCGGUCGCGCCGGAGGAUUUCGCCCUCUUAACCGCCAUUCUUCAGGCUUGUCUGAGUAUGCCUGCGAUGGACCAGUGCCAGACUCAGAUCCUUAACAUCAUGGCGUCAUACGACGCUAUGCACGCAGCGACAUCUCUGUUUUCUUGGUCAGACAAACUCUCGACCAACAACGACCCGAUUUAUGGAGAGCUGAGUCUGCUCUUCCUUCUGGAGCUUUCUACACUACCCACUCUCGCGGAGCAGAUGGCGGCCGAUGGCUUGCUGAGCCACCUCACGUCAGCUAACAUUACAAAUUACAUGCGUAAAGGCAUUAUCUCGCCAUUUUCCGAUGUUGUCGGCGCUCAGAGGUGUUACAGCAUUUGGGCGAAGGGUGUCCUACCUCUCCUUCUCAACCUCCUCACUGCGCUCGGUGGGACAGUGGCCCCCGAGGUCGCCUAUGUUCUGAACCAGUUCCCCCACCUUCUCAAAUCGAGCGUGGAGAGGUUUGAAGCGCCUGGCGCUAGUCGUACGGCCUCGCGCGAUGCGCCGCACUACGUCACGCUCCUUGCUGUUUCCGAGGUUCACUCGCUAGCUCUGUUGACCAAGGUCAUUGGCGCUCUCCGCGUGAAUAACAAUCGCGACAUUCCUGAAGUUGAUUGGGACGCAGCAUCACUUCUGGAAAAUAUCGACUUCUGGCUCUCAACACGCAAGCUUCUGAAGGAGCGGCUGCUGCCCCUGGGUCAGCGCGAGGUCGAAUGGAGAGGCGCAGCUAUCGACGCUGCCGGGGAUGAGAGGAAACCGGACAAUGUGCUCGAGGCCAAGGUCGUUGCGCAGAUGGAGGCCGUUCGAGACGUGCUCAUGGAGGAUUUGGAGUAG